AACGCUUCACCGCUUGCGGUUCCUUUCGUCGGUGGCAUUCUGUCAUCAUGGCGUAUCGAGAUCUCACGUCCAAGUUCUACGCCAAGCGAAGCAAUGUCAAUAGGCACCAGCAGCACCAAUUGAACUCAAAGCAACUCAACGGCAUCAGUCCGUACUUGUCGCACCUAUUAAACUCUUCGUCAAAGAACCAUCGACGAGGUCAUGAGGCACUACUUCGUGAUAUUGACAACCAUGAACGUGCUCACGAAUCAAGACCAGUCUGGGCAGAGUCGGUGGAAAAGUUAAACGACCUGACCAGGCAACUCAACUUGAAGAUUGAUUUUCUCCAGAAAAUUCACACAAGACGUCUCAUGGUUCGCUUUGAUGACUCCGAAGCCCAGCAAGAUCACGAGAUCGAUUUGCUCACCCGCGAGAUUUCAGUCCUGUUUCGGCAUUCCGAGUCGUCGCUCCAACGGCUGCCCAGAAGCAUUACAUCCGCUUCCACCGCUGCUGAAUCACAAGUAUUUGUCAACAUUCAGAGGUGUCUUGCAUCACGGUUGCAAGACAUGUCAAAUCGCUUUCGAAGUAUUCAGCGGGACUACAUGAACGAGCUGCAAACACAACGUCAAAAGUCCGAACUGUUUGGACUCAGCGAUGACGGACCACAUAGAUUUCGACGGUCGAAUCUGCAGUCGUUCGCAAUUGCAGCCGACCAAGAUGAGUACGCGAUACUUGCGCGGGAGCGGGAGAUUCAACGAAUCGCUAAAUCAAUCGUGGACCUGUCGUCAGUCUUUAAAGCUCUGUCGAACAUGGUGAUAGACCAAGGCACGAUUGUCGACCGUAUUGACUACAACAUGAACAUGGUCGUGGACAGGAUGGAAAUGGGCAUGAAAGAACUGCGUCGCGCCGAAAAGUACCAAGCCAACUCGAGGUCCACACGGUGCAUUUACUUGCUUCUUACGCUUAUUUCCAUGUGCUUUGGUAUUCUCUUUCUCAAGCAUGCAAAUCCGUUUGUCGAUUGAUAUCGAACGCUGUGUUACGUCAAGGACAGCCUCGCGCAAGAGUAUUUAGUAUACAAAUAAUUUAUAGUUGCUGUACAG